GAAUGUCCAUCAGGGAAAAAAGGAAGAAAGGAUAAAUAAGGUCCAAACUUGGAGACCUUAAGGAUCUGGCUUGGCACAGUUGCCAGAGAUGAAAAUGACAGUGGGUUACGUAUUGUCGGUGUUUGUGAGGGAGCUCCCUGGUUAUGUUCUCUUUGCUGGGAUCUUUAUGCCUGUGACUUUACUCCUGCUGCUGCUAAUUGCCUACUUCAGGAUCAAACUGAGAGAAGCUAGGAUGAAGCAUGCCAGGAAAAGCAGGUGGGCUACUGAUCCCAUCAGUUCAGUUGAGGAGGAAAUGGUCAUGGCACAAGACUCCAGGAAUGCCUUCCAGAAUCACCGUGGCCAGUGGAAGAAACCCAGGAGAGCCGGACAAAAGGAGAACAGAUACAAGAACUCAAGGACAUUUAAGGGAGCUUCACAUCUCAGGAAGCAAGCUUAAACCCAGUACUCAGCGCUGCAAGUUUAACAAUAAAUACCACUGUAAAUAAAUACCACACAGGAAAACAAAACUGGAGAGGAGAAGCCAGUGCUGUGCUGUCCUAAUGAAACAGCUGGUGCCACAUCCAAGAGCUCUUGCAAGCGCUGAGCAGCCCUUUGUGCAGAGACCAGAGGCCUCCUGCAAUGAACCGUGCUGGUUCCCCUAUGUGACUCAGGAUCUGGGGGGAGGGACAGUGCCCUAAUCACCAGCCCCUCCCUGACUUUCCAAGGAGAAAGUGACGUAAGGGGCUCCUGAGAGAGCUGAGCUGGCACAUACAAGGCAGGCAGCCUUGAGAUGCUAAAUAACAAGUUGGUAUCGAGCACUGACAUCUGGGAAAUUCAAAAGGGUUUUGAAGGGGAACUGACAUUUAUUAACUUGUACACUUUGGGAAAGAGUGUGGGUUUUGUAAAGUAUCCUUUCCACAGAAUUUGGAAGCAAAAUACAACAGUAGCAGGAAACAAAAAGAUUUCUCUCUGCUGACCAAAAAUGCCAAAUUUUGAAAUAAUGGAAAGAUUUAGUCAGUAUUCUGCAAAACAGCUGUUAUUCUCUUUUAAGGACAAAUGGAUGACUUUUUCAAAUAAAAAAACUGCAUAAGCAUGGA